GGGCUGCUGCUGCUGCUGCUGCUGCUGCUGCUGCUCUGCGCCCCGCGGUUCCCGGGAGCGCGCGCCGAGGAAGUCAUUCUGAUGGACACCAGCAAGGCACAGGGGGAGCUGGGCUGGCUGCUGGACCCCCCAGAGCACGGGUGGAGCGAAGUGCAGCAGAUGCUGAACGGGACGCCGCUGUACAUGUACCAGGACUGCCCGCAGGCAGACAGCGGAGGCGACGCCGACCACUGGCUGCGUUCCAACUGGAUCUACCGGGGCGAGGAGGCGGCGCGCGUGCACGUGGAGCUGCAGUUCACCGUGCGGGAUUGCAAGAGCUUCCCGCACGGCGCGAGGCCCGCCGGCUGCAAGGAGACCUUCAGCCUGUACUUCAUGGAGAGUGACCAGGACGUGGGCAUCCAGCUACGGCGGCCCCUGUUCCAGAAGGUGACCACCGUGGCUGCGGACCAGAGUUUCACCAUCCGGGACCUGGCCUCGGGCGCUGUGAAACUCAAUGUGGAGCGCUGCUCACUGGGCCGCCUGGCACGCCGGGGCCUCUACCUGGCUUUCCACAACCCUGGGGCCUGUGUGGCCCUAGUGUCCGUGCGCGUCUUCUACCAGCGCUGCCCCGAGGCCACGCACGGCCUGGCACGAUUCCCCGGCACGCUCCCGGGCCCCGGAGGGCUGGCAGAAGUGGCGGGCACCUGCGUGCCCCACGCCCAGGCUGGCCUCUCGGGCACGCCCCGCCUACAUUGUAGCCCCGACGGCGAGUGGCUGGUCCCUGUGGGGCGGUGCGACUGUGAGCCGGGCUUCCAGGAGGACGCUGGCAGAGCGGACUGCAGAGCCUGUCCCCAAAACUCCUACCGUUCGGACAUGGACACCCCCCAGUGCCUCCCGUGCCCCCAGCACAGCUCUACCCACACGGAGGGGGCCACCAUAUGCACCUGUGAGAUUGGCUACUACCGAACCUCUGAGGAGGGUCCCCACGUGGCCUGCACUCGACCACCCUCAGCUCCCCGAGACCUGAGCUUCUCUGUUUUGGGGACUCAACUGUCCCUGAACUGGGAGCCCCCAGAAGACACUGGGGGGCGCCAGGAUAUCAGGUACAAUGUGGGCUGUUCCCGGUGUCUGGGGACAGGCCUGGAUGGGGGCCCCUGCCAGCCCUGUGGGGGCGGAGUACGCUUUUCACCAGCGUCCAGCGGGCUCUCCCGACCAGCCGUGCACGUUGAUGGCUUGGAGACCUUUGCCAACUACACCUUCGAAGUGGGUGCCCAGAACGGGGUGUCAGAGCAGGGCACCUCCCGCCCCGCCAGCACCAUUGUCAGCGUCAGCAUGGGGCAUGCAGAGCCGCUGGCAGGCCUGUCCUUGCGACUGGUGAAGAAAACACCUCGCCAGCUGGAGCUGACCUGGGCAGGGGUGCAGCCUCGCAGCCCUGGGGGUAACCUCACCUACGAGCUGCACGUGCUGAAUCAGGACGAAGAAAGGCACCAGACGGUUCUGGAGCCGAGAGUCUUGCUGACGGAGCUGCAGCCAGACACCACUUACAUUGUCCGAGUGCGCAUGGUGACCCCACAGGGCCCUGGCCCCUUCUCCCCCAACCACGAGUUCCGAACCAGCCCACCAGUUUCCAGAGGCCUGACUGGAGGGGAGAUUGUAGCGGUCAUCUUCGGCCUUCUGCUGGGCGUGGCACUCUUGCUCGGGAUGCUGGUCUUCCAGUCCAGGAGAGCACAGCGGAGGCGGCAGCGGAGGCAGCGAGAGCGUGGCGCUGAUGUGGACCGUGAGGACAAGCUCUGGCUGAAGACGUACGUGGACCUGCAGGCGUACGAUGACCCUGCCCAAGGAGCUCUGGACUUCACCCAUGAGCUCGACCCUGCGGGGCUGGUGGUGGAUACUGUCAUCGGGGAAGGAGAGUUUGGGGAAGUGUAUCGAGGCUCCCUCCGGAUCCCUGGUCAGGACUGCCGGACAGUGGCCGUCAAGACAUUGAAGGACACCUCCCCAGACGGUCACUGGUGGAACUUUCUCCGGGAGGCCACCAUCAUGGGCCAGUUCAGUCACCCACACAUCCUACGGCUGGAAGGCGUGAUCACCAAGAGAAAGCCCAUCAUGAUCAUCACAGAGUACAUGGACAAAGGAGCCCUGGACGCCUUCCUGAGGGAGCGUGAGGACCAGCUGACCCCUGGACAGCUGACUGCCAUGCUGCAGGGCAUCGCGUCAGGCAUGAGCUACCUCAGUGACCACAACUACGUCCACCGCGACCUGGCGGCCAGGAACAUCCUGGUCAGUCAGCACCUGUGCUGUAAAGUGUCUGACUUUGGCCUGACACGUCUCCUGGACAACUUUGACGGCACCUACGAAACCCAGGGAGGGAAGAUCCCUAUCCGCUGGACGGCCCCUGAAGCCAUUGCCCACCGGAUCUUCACCACUGCCAGUGACGUGUGGAGCUUUGGGAUUGUGAUGUGGGAGGUGCUAAGCUUUGGUGACAAGCCUUAUGGUGACAUGAACAAUCAGGAGGUGAUGAAGAGCAUAGAGGAGGGAUACCGGCUGCCUCCGCCCGUGGACUGCCCAGCCCCACUGUAUGAGCUUAUGAAAAACUGCUGGGCAUAUGAACGGACGUGCCGGCCCCCCUUCCACCAGCUGGACGCCCACCUGGAGCAGCUGCUGGCCAAUCCCCACUCGCUGCGCACUGUUGCCAACUUCGACCCCAGGGUGACCCUCCGCCUGCCCAGCCUGAGCGGCUCCGAUGGGAUCCCAUACCGCAGCGUAGCUGAGUGGCUGGAGUCCAUCCGGAUGAAGCGCUACAUCCUACACUUCCGCUCGGCCGGUCUGGACACCAUGCAGUGUGUCCUGGAGCUCACGGGCGAGGACCUAACACAGAUGGGCAUCACGCUACCCGGCCAUCAGAAGCGCAUCCUUUGCAGUAUUCAGGGGUUUAAGGACUGA